UAUUUUUGCCUUCGCGUCUAAGUAAGUUCCCACACUUGAAAACGACUUUACCUGUCUUCCGAAUUAAUCGUUUGAUGGAUCGGUAACCAAUAGGAUUGCGUAAAUCAAAAUUAUACAAUAUUAAAUUCUGAAAAAGGAAACACGAAAAGCGAAUCAGUGAUUUGUGAGGGCCCAGUUCCAAAUUAGAAAGCUGACCUGGCAAACGCGCUAAAUCACUCCUCCUUUCAAAAAUCUCAAGAUGACGUGGGACCCACCAUCGUCACCACUUUCUCUCCUUCACCAAAUCACAGAGAGAGAGAGCUAAGUGAAGCUGCAAGGAAACAACUUUCAAUUUCAAUGUCGGUUGUACAAUUAUUUGUCACUAAAGUUUCCAAAUUUCUUCUAAACUGAUGAAUCAAUGGAACAUGAUGACGAAAAAGAUAAAUCCACGGUGGCGGGAACUGACCCACCCAUUUCCACCGCCUCUCUAUUCCCCAGAUUUUUUUCAAUUAUCUGACUACAGUUUGUCGGUUACUUCCUUCCCUAAACCUUUAUAAACCAUUAAACCUCUCAUCCUUCUUCUCUUAAACCCCCUAAUUAUCACACACACCCCAAUUUCUCACUCUCUCUCUCACUAAAACCCGUAAAUUUUCUACUAUAUCAAAUGAGCCCAAAAAAAGAUGCUGUUUCUAAACCAACUCCAAUUUCAGUACCCGUUUCGAGACGAUCCGAUAUACCCGGGUCUCUCUACGUCGACACUGACAUGGGUUUCUCUGGGUCACCACUUCCCAUGCCACUAGACAUCUUACAAGGGAAUCCAAUUCCACCUUUUUUAUCCAAGACUUUUGAUUUGGUUGAUGACCCGACUCUUGACCCGGUCAUCUCUUGGGGACUGACCGGAGCUAGCUUCGUAGUUUGGGAUCCUCUAGAGUUUGCCAGAAUCAUACUUCCAAGGAAUUUCAAACACAACAAUUUCUCCAGCUUCGUCAGACAGCUUAACACUUAUGGAUUUCGAAAGAUUGAUACUGACAAGUGGGAAUUCGCUAACGAGGCUUUCCUUAGAGGCAAGAAGCAUCUUCUGAAGAACAUUCAUCGUCGUCGAUCACCACAAUCCAACCAAACUUGCUGCAGUAGCACUAGCCAAAGCCAAGGGUCACCUACUGAGGUUGGAGGAGAGAUUGAGAAGCUGAGGAAAGAGCGGCGUGCAUUGAUGGAGGAAAUGGUUGAGCUUCAGCAGCAAAGCAGAGGCACAGCUCGACAUGUGGACACUGUAAACCAGAGGCUGAAAGCUGCAGAGCAACGUCAGAAGCAAUUGCUCUCUUUCUUGGCUAAGUUGUUUCAGAACCGGGGUUUCUUGGAACGCCUGAAGAACUUCAAAGGAAAAGAAAAAGGAGGAGCUCUUGGAUUGGAAAAGGCGAGAAAGAAGUUCAUCAAGCACCACCAGCAGCCUCAAGAUUCUCCAACAGGAGGGGAGGUGGUGAAGUAUGAAGCUGAUGAUUGGGAGAGAUUGCUAAUGUAUGACGAAGAGACUGAGAACACCAAGGGUUUAGGAGGGAUGACUUCAAGCGAUCCAAAAGGCAAGAACUUGAUGUAUCCAUCAGAAGAAGAGAUGAGCAAACCAGAUUACUUGAUGUCCUUCCCAUCUCCUGAAGGACUUAUUAAACAAGAAGAGACGACAUGGAGCAUGGGUUUCGAUACUACAAUACCGAGUUUCAGCAACACCGAUGCAUGGGGAAACACAAUGGACUAUAAUGAUGUCUCAGAGUUUGGUUUUGCUGCAGAAACAACAAGUGAUGGUUUGCCUGAUGUCUGCUGGGAACAAUUUGCUGCAGGAAUCACAGAGACUGGAUUCAACUGGCCAACUGGUGAUGAUGAUGAUAAUACGCCAAUGAAUGAUCCUUAGGAUCUUUUCAUAUAUAGUUUAGACCAAAAACCCGUUUCUUAUCGGGUGAACUAUUAAUUCAUUAUUCAUUUUGAAUGCACUCUUUAUACAUAUAUAUAAUAUUGAUGAGUUUGAUUGUUCCUUUCUUAUUCACUUAAUCCAGGGUCUAAUAACAUUGAUUAUGAAGGAUAUAUAACACAAAAUUAUGCUUUUAUCUGCUUGAGUAAUUAAAAUUUUUGCAGGUCUGAAGUGGAACAAUGUUUCUUUAAAAGGAUUUUUCUCUCUGAAGCUGUCUGGUUUAAUCAUUUAUGUCCCAGGAAACGAAGCGCAGAGAACGAAGAAGAAGAAG